CUGCCACCUCUGCCACGAUGGGUCUGGAGCUCUACCUGGACCUGCUGUCCCAGCCUUGCCGCGCCGUCUACAUCUUCGCCAAGAAGAACGGCAUCCCCUUCGAGCUGCGCACCGUGGAGCUGAUCAAAGGCCAGCAUCUGAACAAGGAGUUCUUACCAAUUAACAGCCUGCAGAGGGUGCCCACCCUCAAGGAUGGUGACUUCGUCUUGAGUGAAAGUGUGGCUAUCCUGAUUUACCUGAGCUUCAAGUACCAGACGGCAGACCACUGGUACCCAUCUGACCUGCAGGCCCGCGUGCGUCUCCAUGAGUACCUGGGCUGGCACGCUGACUGUAUCCGUAGCAUCUUUGGUGUAUCCCUGUGGACCCAGGUGCUGGCACCACUCAUUGGGGUUCAGGUACCCGAGGAGAAGGUGAAGCGCAAUAGGACUUCUGUGGACCAGGCACUGCAACGCCUGGAGGACAAGUUCCUGAGGGACAAGGCCUUUCUCACUGGCCAGCAGGUGACGCUGGCUGACCUCAUGGCGCUGGAGGAGCUGAUGCAGCUCGUGGCUCUUGGCUAUGACGUGUUUGAGGGACGGCCGCGACUGGCUGCAUGGCAUCAGCGAGUGGAGGCUUUCCUGGGUGCUGAUCUGUGCCAGGAGACCCACGGCCCCAUCUUGAACAUCCUGGAACAGGCCACCAACAACAAACUCGCAAAGCCGCCCCCGGAAGUCUGUUCUUAUAUGCUGCUUCGUAUUUCCAGGAUCCCCUGAGGGCCUGGGAUAGGGCUGAGGGGAUUCAGAAGAUUAGCAAGUAUGCAUGCUGUUUCUUACAUGUUCCUUUCCAUCUUUUCCAUCUGGUCUCAGGCUCUUGUAUCUGACUGCAGGAGGAGCUAGCUCUGCAGGUAGGACAGCAACUGUCCUUGGCAGUGCUUCUGGGGUGUAGCAGAUUUAAUCAGCAGAGGGUUAAAACCCGCCAAAUGUAUUGUAUAUAAAAGGCUCCUAAAAUUCAAUAACAUAAAGAAAAAUAA